AUGGUCAACUGCUGGACUCUAGGUGCUGAGGGCGUCUCGGCUGAGCUAGAGGAUGCAUCGUCGCGGCACAUGCCACAACGUCGUCCAAGACGCCUUUUUAAGACCUCAUGUCUUCCACGCGACAACAGCAUAGGUCUCCAUUCGCAGAAUGUCGCGGGAUUUCCCAAGAAUCCGGAACAUUGCGCAACUUGGUUCAGUCACUUCCGACAGAGCGAAGCCAGGGGAAUCAUCGAUUUGGUCCUUUUACAGGAAACGCGGGUCACUUUAGGUGAGGCAGCUCCUCUGGACAAGCUUUACAACUCCUCCUGGGGAUUCGUGCACAAACUCGGACGCUCGUUGUGGACCGAGUCCGAGUUCUCUCGUGGAGGUGUGGCUAUUUUAUUGAACCCAUACUCAACAAUUACGGAAAUGGUUCCGUGGUAUGAGGAUCAAUGGACACAGCAUUGGAUGGCUGUCCGGGUCUGUCUAAUGGGCGAAACAGUUCUUGUUGUAAAAGUUUACGCCCCAAGUACCAAGACUGAAAGAGAGGCGCUGUUCUUGAGCCUUCUACUUAUUCUUCAGGGAUACGAAGGACCCAUGUUUGUUGGAGGGGACUUCAACUGUACUUUGGAGCCGCGACUUGACCGUUCUUUUGUCUCGCCGCCAGGAAGACAUGAUUCCUUGGCGCUUCGGCGGCUUCUCGGCCGAGUGCAGCUUAGCGAUGUUCUUGAUGAUGAUCUGGAGAUGGCCGAAGAAGAAAGAGAUGUACCGGCGUUUCAUGCGGCCUCUCACACUUAUUUCUACACUCUUCCGGGCGGUGGAUCGGCUAGUUCCCGACUGGAUCGGUGGUAUGUGAGCUCUCGCCAUGCUGAUUAG